AUGUGCAAGCAAACACUCACUCGCCACACUAAUGCGAUCAAUACCCUCCAAAUAAGCCAAGAUGGCUCAAGGCUUCUCAGUGGAGGCGAUGAUUGUCUCGUUAUAGUUUGGGACUUGGUCCAAGGGAUCGAAUUCCAGGUCAUCUCCAUCUUAUUCAACGGCUCCAUUUCCUCUUCGGCUUGGACGCCCACAUCGCUCGAUCCAAUUUCAAGCUUUGCUUUUGGCUGCGCUGACGGUACUUUGUCGGUUUAUUGCCAGGUGCCAACGAAGAAUCAUUAUGAUCUUGCUGCCUCUGUAGCCGCUCAUGUUGGACCUGUCGAGGACAUCAAUUUCAGCUUGGGGAGCAAACAAAUCGCUACCGUCGGAAACGGCUGUCUGAAAUUGUGGACGAUUGAUUCGAACAGACAACUCUCCAACAUCAUUGCGACGAGUCCACGGGAAGCUAUCGCUAGGAGCGUUUCCUUUUUUGAUCAGGGCUCAAGUGUGCUUGUCACUUAUUUGGAGUCGCACGAAGUGUAG